AUGAGCAAAUCCACGAGUGUUAACCCAGAUUUACAAAGAGAAAGGGAAAAAUGCACCUUUAACAUAACAGAACUUACUAAUUUGUUGGAUGGCGGCCCACAUAUAACUGAGGAAAGGAAAAGAAGAGAGACGAUGGUACUGAAUGAAGGAAUCCACAUCGAGGAGGUUCCUUCAGAAUACUUGAGUCACAAGGAGAAGUAUGAGCUAGCUGUGAAGAAAGCAUGUCUCAUGUUCAAGUUGAUACGCAGACUCCAGGAGGAAGAGAACGCUGGCAUGGAGAGCUUUAGAGCAUUCCUCGGCGGUACCCUCGGUUCAGCUAUCCUGCAGGACGGGUCUCCUCUUACGCUCCACUACGUUAUGUUCAUACCGACGCUGAUGGGGCAGGCCACCGUGGAACAGCAGGCCUACUGGAUCGGCAGGGCUUUCAACCUUGACAUCAUUGGCACCUAUGCACAGACGGAACUCGGCCAUGGUACUUUCAUCCGUGGGCUGGAGACGACAGCUACUUACGACGCCAAGACCAAGGAGUUUGUACUACACAGCCCCACGCUCACAGCUUACAAAUGGUGGCCUGGAGGAUUGGCCCAUUCAGCCAACUACUGCAUAGUGAUGGCCCAACUAUACACCAACGGCCAAUGCCACGGCAUCCACCCAUUCAUCGUCCAACUGAGAGACGAAGAAACUCACAUGCCACUCAAAGGCAUCAAAGUUGGCGAGAUUGGCGCCAAGCUUGGCAUGAACGGCACCAACAAUGGCUUCCUUGGCUUCGAACACGUCAGAAUACCUAGGGAGCAUAUGCUUAUGAAGAAUUCUCAGGUUUUGGAAGACGGAACAUACGUCAAGUCUCCUAGCUCCAAACUAACGUACGGCACAAUGAUGUUCGUCCGAGUGGUCAUUGUGAAAGACAUGUGCAACUACAUCGCCAAGGCCGUUACCAUAGCAACGCGGUACUCAGCCGUCAGGAGGCAGUCGCAGCCAAAACCAGAUGAGCCUGAGCCUCAGAUCCUGGACUACUUAACGCAGCAACACAAGCUGAUGGUGGGCAUCGCCACCGCGCACGCCUUCCAACUCAGCGCUGACUGGAUCUGGAACAUGUACAACAAUGUCACCGCUGAACUUGACGCGGGAGACUUGGAGCGAUUGCCUGAAUUGCACGCGCUGUCGUGCUGCCUGAAGGCGAUGACGACGGCGGAUGCGGCGGAGUGCGUGGAGCGGUGCCGGCUGGCGUGCGGCGGGCACGGGUACAUGCUGGCGUCCAACCUGCCGCACACGUACGGGCUCGUCACCGCCGCCUGCACCUACGAGGGGGAGAACACCGUGCUCCUGCUGCAGACGGCCAGAUACCUAGUAAAGACGUGGCAACAAGCCCAGGGCGGUAACUCCCUGCCCCCGACGGUGGCGUACCUGUCCCGCGUGGGCGCCGGGCGACGCGUGCCGCCGUGGGACAACUCCAUCGAAGGCAUCAUACAUGGGUUCCAACUCGUUGCUGCCGGUAAGAUCGCAUUGUGCGUGGCGAACAUCGAGAAACGCCAGAAGGGUGGCAUGUCGUAUGAAGAUGCGUGGAACAUGACUUCUGUGCAACUAACACAGGCUUCCGAGGCGCACUGUCGCGCGUUCAUCCUGUCCUCGUACUUCGAGGAGACGGAGCGGCAGGUGAAGGGAGUCUCGCCACAACUACGUGAAGUGUUACUGCAACUAGUAGACCUCUACGUCGUCUACUGGGCGCUGCAGAGGAUCGGGGACCUGCUCAGGUUCACAUCAAUUUCUGAGCGUGAUAUUGAGAAGCUGCAACAUUGGUACGAGGAGCUGCUUACGAAGCUGCGACCUAACGCAGUCGGCCUCGUCGAUGCCUUCGACCUACGGGAUGAGAUUCUGCACUCUGCCCUGGGUGCGUACGACGGUCGCGUGUACGAGCGUCUGAUGGAGGAGGCGCUGAAGAGUCCUCUGAAUGCGGAACCAGUCAACCAGAGCUUCCACAAGUACCUCAAGCCGUUCAUGCAGGGGAAACUGUGA